AUGCUCAUCAGAUUACCGUAUCGCUGGAUUUGUGUUUUAAUAUUCUUCGUUGCCACCUGUUCAUGCCAUAUUAGUUUGGGUUUCUGGUUCUUCUCUUGUCCCCAUGGCAACGGUCAAGGUCGAGUGGGCGAUGUGUGUUCAGCUUUUUGUCGUUGCCACCCAUUGAACACGUGUGAGGCUGGAGUACAAAAAUGCGCGCGACCUGGGGAGUAUGGAGAACGUUGUCAUGCUACAAAGCCGUGCGGAAGUGGUCUCACUUGUCAACCGGGCGUCCAAAAAUGCUUCCACGUGCCUCGUCGUCAUGGUGAGCCUUGUGUGGCUGGUUAUGAGUGUGGAGCUGGCCUCUCAUGUGAGCCAGGAGUUCAGGUCAGUUGGUUUUGAUUUAAGAAAAUUCUAGCGUUUUAACUGAGAGGCAAGUUCAAGGGAUCGUUAGUACAAAACCAACGAUCAGCUGAACGAUAACUUUUACACGCUACAUCCCAUGCCAAUCAUACGAUCUUACUCGGACAAUACUUGCUUCUGCAGGAUAGGAUUAAUGAUUAUAUCGGGGGGAAAUGUAGCUCUGUAGAGAGAACUACAUAUGAACCCUUUUUCUUCAUAAGUGCCCUUAUGAAGAAGGGAUUGUGGCACUCACCUAGGUCCCAACAGACAGGAAAUUGAAGAUGACGAUUUCAUACAAAGAACCAUACAAACUUAGAGAGUUUCAUACAUCUCUUAAUAAGUGUUCCUUGGCCAAAACCACAACGACAAACCAGUGAGGGUAAGCUGGAUCUUUAGUAGACCUGGAUCAGUAAAAUCUUGAGUACCAAAUUUUAAAAUUAAAACAGUAAACUGAUCCUUACGGGUGGAAGAGCGGCUGAUAUAAAUCCAGUCUAGAGUGUCUCUGUCAGUGGGUGAAUUUGAAUAGAAUCUAGUGAGAGACAACCUUUGUGUGGCCAGAUCGGUCUUUGAUGGUCACCCACACGCAGCUGUCAUUUAUCUGGUCACGCUUCGCCCCUUUCGAUAGCAGUCCUCAGUUUGUCGUUUGGGAAGGAGCGUUUGUGUGACGAGACAAAUAACGGCUGCGCCAGAGACCAAGUAUGUGUUUUAAGACCUUUUUAUUUUUUAGUGGGCAUUAAGUUGAUGUUGACGAUUACUAUGUCACAUAGGUAACAUUAUGAACCAGGUUCAAAAAUAACAGAAUUAAGGAUUUCUUUGAUUUGACUUUUUCAGCGUUGCUAUCACCACCCUCGACUUUAUAACGAGCCGUGCUCAGCUGGCUUUUCUUGUUCUUCAGGCCUCAGUUGCCAGCCGGGAUAUCAACGUUGUCUGCAUCAUCCGCGGCUGGAAAAUGAACGCUGCUCGGCGGGGUACUCAUGCGCAGAUGGGCUAGUAUGCAGGCUGUGUGACAAGCCUUUUGCCACCUGUCAGCUUGGGCGUGUACCCGCUCUAACAGAACAGGUACUUAUUAUCAUGAACCACUGAGACUCCACGUACGAUUGCUUUUUUACCGCCAACUCCAUCCUUUUUGAAACGUCGAAUUUUCGAUGUCAGAGUACAGAAAUGUUUCUCUUUAAUUCAUGGAGAAGUUUAACCAAUCCAAAAAAGUCUCUGUGACAUACUGGAAAAAUUAAUGCUAACCUUUAUAUGCAGAGGUGCGGGCCAUACAACGCUUAAUUAAUUAAAAACUCACUAGCUUACUCUUUCCGGAUCUUUAACGCAGCAAUGCUUAACUUGCGCUUGAGCCAAACGUCACCUGUAGUGAGGUGUAAUUAAAACAAAACUGAAUGGGAAUAUGGUAAUAUGGCAAAGGGCUUGCACUUGUGAGACGCCCUAAGUGAAAUCCCUCUUUCUUUUCUCCAAGUAAAAUUACCAACCUUGUUCCCGGUAUGAGCCCGGAAACGAGACUGAAAAAUUACUAGUUUCCCAUAAUUUGUUCCUCCCUCCUUUCUUGUUCUUUUUUUCCUCGCGGUAAAGGCAGCAUAUUUGCAAAGUGUUUCUUCAAGUGUAGAAAGGUGAUUUAUUUAUUUUCACUGUUAGAAUAACCACAGAUUCUACCUGCGCGCAAUGCUCUAUUCUCGUAGCUCCCCAGGGCAUUACAGGCAAUCGUGUGGAAGUCUCGGGGGAGUCGUUUUGCUAUUUAAGCCAAUGAUCUAUCCCGUGAUUUCUGUCUGUUUUGCCAAGUAACUCCCUUCGUAGCUUUUUUGACCCUCCCACCUCCCCUUAGGCGACGCUUAUCCGCCUGUCCGUUCUCUCUCUUACGACCCUCUGCCUUUGCAAAAUCUCGCUUUCCAUAACUUAGUUUCGCGAAGGUAAUAAGUCGUUGUUCCGACAGUGAUAAUGGCUUACAAUUUUCUGUUUAAAGGACUAUGGACGCCCCUUCAACAAAGUGGCAUUUCUUGUUACCCAUAAUUCUUUUUCAAACUCUCCGAGUUUUGCUGUAUGGGUCCGCAAUCAACGGUUCAGCGUCAGACAGCAGCUCGAAGAUGGUGUGCGCGGUCUUAUGUUGGACAUAUAUCCAGGUACUGGGAGUCUACUUUCCGUUUAUUAAUUCUAUUCCAUCGAUAUUUGUACAUUCUGGUUGAGCCGAACUCGGUCCAAGACUACUGCUGCGUAAGCUCAAACAAAGAGUAUUUUAACAGUUUCAAACAGUAUUUCAGCUUGUCAGACCAUGCAGCUUUCUUCAGGUUUACAGGUGUUACUGAGGUUUUUUUCUAAAAGAAUUAAUUAUUACAUUAUAGAAAUGGAGAAUGUCAUCAAAUAAAUUGUAUUAGAUGGAGAGUCGAAAAUGACAUACACCAUAUUCAGGAACUUGAGGGUUUACAAUAUCACGUCAGUUUAGGCCAUAGUUUUUAGGUCUUUUAGGCAUUAGUUUCAGCUUUCUAGUAGUCUUUGGACUCGAUUCUUUAUUUUAAUCUGCAUUUUUUCCUUGAUCAGCUUCGGAAAGACACCGAGAUUACAGCGAUGACGGUGCUUGUAGAUCUAAAAACCGAAUUGACCACUGGCAGAACGGAAAAUUGAGCACAGGAGAUCGCGUUCAGUAUAGUACUUUCUGCGCCCUUUCGAAAAGACUGAAUAAAUUAUGCAAAUAUACACAGGGUCUUUGAACGUCUUUUGUUCCUUCUUCUUCUUUUGUUCCAGGGUGGGGAGAGGCAGAUGUUCGUCUCUGUCACGCGUCUUGUUUCUGGGGUGGCUCGACAAACUUAUUAGAUACCCUGAUUGAAAUCAGAAAAUUCUUGGAAUCAAACGAACGCGAAGUCAUCACAAUCGUCUUCGAAGACUACCUGAGAAAUCCUGUAAUUCUGAAACGGGUAUUCGAUCAAGCAGGGUUAUCUUCCCAUGUACUGCGCAAGGAGAACUGGGGCGACGGCUUCAAUGAUUGGCCAACGUUAACAGACAUGCGCAGGUUAGGUCGAUUAGUAGUGUUCAACAACAAUGGCCUCAACGGUUUUCCAUACACGGAGUUCAACAUGUGGCAUUACGUAAGAGAGAAUCGAUAUGGCAACGCUGGCCUCAACAAAAAGGUGCUCCACUAGUUCUUUUACUUUUGCAUUGUGUUAAAGAAAAUAAAUAGAGUCAAAGCCCGCUUAAAGGACACACGCUUAACACGGACACUUUAUACGGACAGUUUACUCUGCCCCUGGGGAAAGAAAACCCCUAAUCUCGCUUAAUACGGACACCCUGAUAAUACGGAUACUUUCUAGUUCCCCCUCAAUGUCCGUAUCAAAGGAGUUUGAUUGUACUAAGUUGUUCAUUAGGUUCUUAUCUAUUGUAGAAUCUUUCGCGAACAGUAGCUUGGAAAAAGAACUGCCAUUGUGGGCUCUCAAGAACGAGUAGCAAGGGAGGGGUUAGCCGAAGCGAGCAUCUAACAAAGCGAUUCUUGAAUAAAUAAUCUUCAAUCCGUUACACAAACGUCUUGGGACAAAAUUGAUGUUAGCUCCCUAUUUUUAAGGAGUGUAUUGACCGGCCGGAAUCUCGCUGGAACAAGGCCUGGAAUGAUCACUGGAGUCUGGUUCUUAUAAACUGGUUCAGUACAGCGGCUAAUCCCCUUCAGCCAUGCCUGAAUUCAUUUGCAGAGAUAAAGAACAAGUUGACUACUUGUUACGACAAGUUUGGCUUCUGGGCCAAUUUUGUAGCUGUGGAUUUCUACACCGCAGGGUCAGGGGGAGGAGCAUUUCAAGCUGUCAAAUGGCUCAACAAAAAAUUCAGAGGUAAGUUAGGGAGACCAGUAAGAGCUCGACAAUAA